AUGUCACCAGACGAAAUGGUUGGUAUUUUUUGUUUAAUUGGUGGAGCUGCAUUAUGUGUAUUUGGAAGUAAAUAUCAAGAGUGUACCCUUAGUUUCUUUGGAUCUGGAGUUGGUGCAUAUUUAUUUUAUUUGGUUGGAAGUAAGAUAGAGUUUGGAUUUACGACACAAAUUAUAUUAUCAAUUCUUGUAUCAUUAAUUUUCUCAUUUAUCUGUAUGAAAUUGAAGAGAUUAUCUGUAUUGUUAAUUGCAAUUAUUCAUUCUCUAUGUAUAUCCAAUUUAAUGGCACCAGGAUUAGGAGAACAUUGGAGUCAAUUUGUAAUGUAUGCCUGUUUAAUCAUAUUGCCAUCAUUGUUCUUGUACGUUCCAGACAUUGGUAUUGUUGUGUCAAGUUCAUUCUUUGGUUCAUGGAUCUUUGUGGCUGGCAUUGAGCAAUUCAUUGGCACCGGUUUCCCAAAUCCAAUGGUCGUACUAUUCAAUAGAGAUUGGGAUAGACUUGUUGUCAUCGAAGAAAGUGCAUUCUUAGAGUGUCUAUUGGUUUGUUCAAUUAUGCUUACUUCAUUAUUAAUCCAAAUCAAGACUUUGGUACCAUCCUCUAAUGAAGUUCAAAUGUUGGAUAUCGUUUCUUUAAUUCAAGAGAAAGUAAUUGAAAAAGUUGUCACUGAUAAAACCAUUACUCCAUUUGACCUCGAAACCGAUUUACGUGAAGUUUUAGUCGAUGAUGAAGUAGUUUCCAAAGUUCACAACUUAAUCUUUGGUGUGGGUCUUCCAGUUAUCAAAUCAGUUGAGCUAAUAGCUGGCGAUGAUGACAAUAAUGAUAUGGUCACUCCAAAUGGUGAUGAUAUUUUACCACCAACUUCUGACAUUAAAACCUAUUAUUUUGAAAAAUUAAUUGGUAAAUCAGAAUCUUCAAAACCAUUAAUUAUAAAUUAA